ACGUUUUAGUAUUAUCUUGUGGAUUUAUUUCCUGUUCCACCUAAAAGGGUUACGAACUGGUAAAACCUAAAUUUACUGUAUUCGGAAGGGGAGCAGGUCUCAUGUUAAGGGGUUAGCUGAACAGGCUGACCAGUAACACGGGCGGAAUAACGAUGGAUGCCGACCAACAGCUGAGAAACCUGAAGGAUUUCCUCCUGGUUUACAACCGCAUGACAGAAAUCUGCUUUCAGCGGUGCACGAGCAACUUCAACUACAGGAACCUCACAAUGGACGAGGAGCGCUGUGUGGACAGCUGUGCGGGGAAGCUGAUUCGCUCCAACCACCGGUUGAUGGGCACCUACGUGCAGCUGAUGCCUCGCAUGGUGCAGCGCCGGAUGGAGGAGAUGGAGAGCAAGGCUGCAGAGAAUGCAAAGGCAGCAGCGGCUGCAGCGGCACCGCCCGCAGACGUYGAGGCCGCGAACGUGGACGCCUCGCCGGCAUUUCAAACCCCUUUAAAUUCACCCCCACCUCCUGGUUUCCCUCCCUCUGGGACUGAUCUGAUACCAGAGGUCCAAAGCUCGGUCCCGACGUCAACAAGACUAGAAGUUCUGACUGACCCAUCAGCCGCAGGGGCCAAAUUAUCAGCUGCCACUCUGCUCUCACCUAAGACUGAAAGCAUGCUUAAUGACRCUUCACAUUCAGCAGGUUCACCUCACCUGUCUGGGUUUCAAACUGAGUCUGGCAACCCUAAACCAACAACUUUAUCAGCUCCUUCAGAGUCUUAAACAGGAAGGACCUGAGAGGCAAAGAGCCCCAGAUGGUCCAGAUGUUACCUUGCUGUCCUUUGAGAAUUAGUGAUCAAACUGUGAUAUUUGCUCUGGUUUCCAACACAAACGACACAUAAUGAUCAGUGAUUUAACACUGACUGUUCAUGUAUGACUAACAUUGAUAAUGGAUGAUUUAUAACAUAAAAUGCUGACCAACUUUGGUUGUUUGGUUAUUGUGCUCCAAACCUCUGACUUUUUCUUUUGUUUUUCYUAAUAACAUUAGAAGUUGAUGGGCAGUUUUUAAAACGUAACUUUUGAUUMAAGGUGUUUCAUUUUCCUUUAUAUUAGGCAUUUUACUAAUUGAUUAAACAAUUAUUGUUUGAAGUCA